UUCUGUUUUGCGCGUCGUCGCUCUUGCCAACCAAGACCAACUCGUUUGCUCGCUUGCCGACCUGCUCGCUUGCUGUCUUAUUCGCCCACGCACGAUCUCGAUCGCCAACCACCAUCCACAGCCAAUGUUCCCCCGGCUCCUCGUCCUGCUGCUGUCGUGCCUUGGCUUGGCCUCCGUCGCCCUGGCCCAGCAGCAGCCCAUCCAAAACAUCUCCGUCGGCAACCCUUCCUGCUUCAGCGCCCUCGCCGAGCUCAAGCAAUCCAACUCCAACUGCCUCGGUAGCUUUGCUGCGUCGGCCAUCCCCAUCAUCCAGACUGCCCCCGCCUCGCAGCCGCCCCUGAGCACCCUGGACUCGUUCGGCCUCAGUUUCUCCGAAUGCAUCUGCAAGACCUGGACGCCGUCCCUGACCUCGGCCUUCAUCUAUCAGCAGUGCACCAACCAGAGUGCCGUUGACCCGAAUUCGAUCUACAACCCGUCUAUGGUCAAGGUCAUCUCCGAGUCCUGCCUCGCCAACUCGUACGAAAAGAUCCCGCAGUACAUGUCGCUCUCUGUGGUCCUGCAGAGCGGCAUCACCUACACUCCCCUGACCAGCACCAGCGGCGGUCUUUCGGCCACCGCCGUGAGCCUGGCUGUCUCUCUCUCUGCCGUCGCCCUUUCUGUCCUCUGCCUCCUGGCCUAAAGUCCUCGCCAAUGCCUACUUUUGACUCCACCCACCUGACCCCCCCCCCACAUCCGCCCCUUGCAGUAGAAACCCUUCGUAUCUCGUUCUUUGCUCGUUCUCGAUCGCCCGCCGCCUCCCUCUCUGCUUUAGACCAACCGAAUGUGCCAUGUGCUCUUGACGGUGUCGUUGACGGCUGCUGCCGGUCGUCUCUGGAUCGUGUCGGCAUUUUUGUUCAUGCUGUCUUGCCCACAUGCUUCGUGUCCGGCUUGUCGAUUGCAAACCCACAAUGAAAUACAUGCUUACAGCGAUUCCAAAAUGAAAUGGGACAGCCCCGUUUUUAACCAGGACAGUGUGUUUUCU